AUGCCUGGCAUUCUACCGAUGAAGAUGAUUCGGGUGGGCAGUGCCACCCAGAGUCGCAUCGCGCAGGCCUGCGAUAGGUGCAGAAGCAAGAAGAUCCGAUGUGACGGCGUACGGCCAACCUGCACACAAUGCUCCAACGUGGGCUUCGAGUGCAAAACCAGCGACAAGUUGAGCCGAAGAGCCUUUCCACGCGGUUAUACCGAGUCCCUAGAAGACCGAGUCCGAGGUCUUGAAGCUGAAGUAAGAGAGCUGAAGGACUUGUUAGACGAAAAGGACGAGAAGAUCGACAUGCUUUCUCGAAUUCACAGUUUCUCUCCCCCGUCCAGGAAGUGUUCGACUUCACUGUCCCCGGCACAUGCUGCUCAGGUCAAGGCUGAGGUCGAGUCUUCUCACGAUGAAGUUCUUCAUGUCGAAAUCCCCGUUCCAGUGUCACCAAAGGCCACCUCUACUGGAUCUUCCACCACAUCAGCCUUUAUCGAAGCCUUUGACCAAAACGUCCAUGAUGCCGGUCGACAAGUGACCGGCGUUUCAUCCUCAGGAAUACAUAAGGCUAUUCAGCCUUCUAAACCUACCAUCAAUGCAAAGAUGCCCCCCAGAAUCUUAUCAGAUCAAUAUAUCAAUCUUUUCUUCCAAGAAUGGCAGCCUUUGCUACCAGUGCUCCAUCGCCCGACUUUCCUUAGAGUAUACGAACAAUAUAUUGCCAACCCGGAUUCCGGAAAUUGGCAAAACAACAAGCAGGCAUUGGCUCAAUUGUUCCUCAUCUUCGACAUUUCAGCCCUUUCGUCUAUGACUACCCCCAAGAAGAGCACUCCAUCCUAUGAAAGCCAAUGGCGAAAAGCGUUGUAUUCAACUUCAUCCAACGCAUCUCUGUCAACCCUUCAAUGCCAUGUGCUGGCUCAAGUAUGCUAUCUGUUGCGAGCCGAUUAUACUCAUCUUGCGCGCCAUCGGGGUAUCGCUGUUACCAUGUGCCACGAAUUGGGUCUCCACCAAGACCAGAAGUACCACAAUCUGUCGGUCCUCGAAGCUGAGACGAAGAAGAAAGUCUUCUGGUCGCAAUACGCUCUUGAUAAAUUCACUUCUGCCGCCACUGGCACUCCGAUGCUACUUCGUGACGUUGACAUUACAACAGAGUUCCCCGCUGAUGUCGAUGAUGAAAACCUCAGCUCGCAAGGCAUUUCACCUACUCUUCCUGGCGAGUUGACCAAGAUCUCUAGCGCUCUUGCCCUUUUCCGUGUUUCCAAAAUCAUGUCCCAGGUCCUCGAGUCGCUCUAUCCCGCGAAGUCCAGUUAUCAACUAUCUCUCACCAAGCUGCACUCCUUGUCUGAUGAGCUUGACCAGUGGUCUGAAGAACUCCCUAAGCACCUUCGCCUGCGAUUCUGUAACGAUAAGCCAGCAACACAUAUGAUUAGCUGCAGAUCACCGUUAUUGUCCAUCGCAUAUUUCUAUACCCGAAGCUUGAUUCAUCGACCCUUGCUCUGUCAUGGAUCCGGUAGCGCUGCCUCCGCCGCCGGUAUCGUCCUGGCGGCUGCUGGAAAGCAUAUUCUGCAAAUCCUCGAUCUCCUCGUCGAAAGGCGUAUGAAUUACACAUUCCCAAUGAACAAGACCGAUCUUUUACUCAAUUCCGGAUUCUCCAUCAUGUGGCAAUCACUUGAUUUGGAAGAUGACAGCAAGCUGGUCAAGGAUAACCAAAAGUCUUUGGCGCUGCUGUUGAUUUUGUUGAACACUGAAAAUCAGGCUGCGGCUAUCGAGUGGCGAAAGAUGGCGCAGUGCUUCAUUACCCUCGAGGGACAUCCGAUGCCCUCACCUGCAGUUUCUCCAGCGACCAUCUCAUCGUCACGCGCAAGCCCCACGAUGGCAGCACCCAAUGAUACCAAGUCCAAAUCAACCCGAAAGCAACUUCAAGCAAUUGCGUCGAAAUGGUCUUCAUUCAGCAAUAAGGCUAAGCCUGAGGAUGUGCCCAGACGAGCAACUGUACCACAGACCAACUCCGCGACCCGAAGCCCAGCACACCGCGCGAGUAGCACAGUGAGCCUGUCAUCAACGCGAUCAGCUCCAAUCCUACCGAUGAACACUGCUGAUACCAACCAAUUGACAACCACACAUUCUGUUGAUACUUCAGGUAUCAACCUCGAUUACUUGCCUCUUGGCGAUGAAUUUGGCGACUCACAAACAAGGACGUCUUCAAGCACGAUGCUUCCCCCUCGAAAGCAACAGACACCAACGCUUGUGGAUGCUAGCUGGGAUCAACUUCUCAACAAUUUUGAUGGAACUCAGCAGGGUACUAUCUAUCCUGACAUGACCGUUGGCGGACAGGCACUCUAUCAAACGACCAGCAAUGAAUGGGUUCCAGAUGCUUGGCAUCUUUCGCCUUUGGAAUUGAACGCAAAAGGCAAUGUGCCACAGAGUCUACUCAGCUUCUCAGAGGAAUCGCUGACCAGUGGCGACGAUUUUCUGUUCUCGGCACCUCCCAGUAAUAACGGUUCUACGGCCCCUGGUGAAAACAUUGAUAUCGCAGAUAGAUAUCGAGGCAUCACGAUUCCUGUGGAUGACGAAUUCGACUUCCACGAGGUGGAAGCAUGA